GUGACGUCGGAGCUGCGGCCCCUCCCGCCCGGACAACGAUCAGUCGCUCGCUGACCGCGCCGCUGGAGAGUCGCAGAAGGUCCGCGCUUCCCCGUCCACAGCAGAGCAGGCGUGUACGCAGCAGAACUGGCGACCAUGGCAGGCAGCAAGAAAGCCCAGGAGGCGGCAGCCGAGGACCUGGGGGCGCUGCUGGACGCGGAGGACGGCGCGCUGGUGACGCUGGUGGCGGGGCGGACGCGGCUGGUGGUGCACCGGGCCGUCCUCGCAGCCAGGAGCCCCGUCUUCGAAGCCAUGUUCCGCCACGACACGCUGGAGGCCAGCAGCGGCGUGGUGAGCAUCGCGGACGUGGAGGGCGCGGCGCUGAGGCAGCUGGUGGCCUACGUGUACACGCUGCGGGCCCCCAGCGCGCCCGGCACGGCUGCGCAGCUGCUAGCGGCCGCCGACAAGUACGGCCUGCUGGAGCUGAAGGCCCACUGCGAGCGGCAGCUGGCCGCCGAGCUGGCCGUGGAGAGCGCGGCGGCCACGGCGGUGCUCGCCGUCAGGCACUGCUGCCCCAGGCUCACCGAAGUGGCCGUCGCCUUUGUCGAGGCCAACUCCCAGGUCUUGGCCACGCAGGGGUGGGCUGACGCGGUGCGCAGCCACCCUAAAGAUGUUGUCGAAGUGAGUCGGCUGAUUGCUGUGACUUCAGCGAGAUCCAG